AUGCCACUUGACUUCAAGUCAUUGCCCAGGAGCAUAUUGACACAUGGCAACAUCGAGAUGCUCCAGACAUACCUCACCGCCACAAACAAUCGCAUGCUCCCCAUUGACACGCUGUCCCACCUCCAUCUGGCCGUCGACUCUGGAAAUGUGGAGUUUGUGCGUCUGUUGCUCCAACACAUCCCGUUCAAGGAUGACGACGGCAACGACUGCCGCGAAACCAUCGAUCAACUAUUCUUUGGAGUGAUCAAGCUGAGACGAGGUGUCAGUGUUGCCAUGCUCAAAGUGCUGCACGAGGAGUUCAACUGUCUGUUUACUUUCGACAUUAUAUGGAAUGCUUGCUUGUAUCGAUCGACCAAGUGCAACAUGCUAUCAAGUGUGCAGUACAUCGUGGACAAUAUGCCAACGACAGUCAAUCUUGAAUGGGAUGGUUUGGCCGAGUGCAGGAUACGUUGCGCACUUAACGGCAGCGUCGAAAUCUUCAAACUAUUGACAGAGUCAGCGAUAUUCACCGAUGAGUCAUUGAACCCUUGGAGACGCGAUGACUUUGGCGACAUUUUAAGUGUGGCCAAAGAUGCUGGUCACGAGGCUUUCGUCAAACAUUUCCGACCCAAUGAGGGGGAGGAGCUGCCCGAGGCCAAGCCGUUCAUGUCACAGUUGGCCGUCAUACGCAAUAAUGACUGGGUGAAUCUAGAGUCACUCAUCAAUAGUGACGGCAUGAAUGUGGAGUUGGAUACAAAGACCUGUAGACGAAUGUCAGAGUCGAUGGCAAGGUUUAUCACAAGUGGACGCACGGCAAGGAGGCCAAAGUUCUUUGGCAGCUCUGUCCUCAACAUGGUCAAGGCGGUCGGCAAGCCGGGCAGCAACAUCACCGCAGAGAUAGUCUGUCAGUUCAUUGUUAAUUGCGAUCACAAUCGACCCAAGUUUGGCCACCGCGCGAUGAGGUGCGCGGCAGGGUAUUCUGCCCAAGUGAUGCAGUUGCUGAACAAGCAUCUUGGUGUUAGAUACGAUGCAGAAUUCAUUAUACAGUCGAUGAGGAAUCAGUGCAGAGAGACGAUGGCCUUGCUCUUCCAACACAUAGUCGAUCCUGGGGACUUUGACAAUUUGGUGGAUAUCAAGAAUGGAGCACACCAUCUGAUCCACAAGGGAUCGUUGGAUGACAUCAUCCUGAUGCUGGACAACUUGGACCUUGUUAGACGAGACCCCAAGAUAUGUGAGUGGGCUGCGAUCAAUCCCAACCCGAUGGUCUUUGAGCACAUUGUCAAUAUGUUCAAGCUGGAGAAGCUGGACAAGUCGAUUGUAAAGGCAGUGUUUGAUCGGGCACUAACCCAUGAUAGUCCUCAAGCAAUCAAGAUACUUCAGCAACGAUUCAUCUCGUCUGGCAAGCCAGUGCCCGCCCCCAAACCAAUUCUCCAAACACUGCACGAGAUGGCCGAGAACAAUGCCUAUCAUUCACUCGAGUUCUACUUCAACUCAGACACGUUCGCCAUCAACUCCCUACCACGCGAUCAAUUGCGAACCUUUCACUCCAUACGAGAUGUUGCCUAUCACAUUGGUGCCACUCAUGUGAUCAAGCUGUGCACUGAUCAUAUCAACUCGAUCAAUCAACAAUCAAGACAACAGGAUACCAUACUCAAGUCCGACACGAGGUUGGCGACAUGUCACCCAGGGAUGGAGACAGCAUUCCGUUCAGUGAUUGGUGAUAAUAAGCUUGGAAAGAAGAUCAUGGAUCAGAUUGGUAUUGUGCAUAGGUCACUUGGUAUUGAUCCAGAGUACAUUAUCAAGGGUGCAAAGCUACUCGACAAUCAUUGUUUGGAAGAUUACCUCAAGUUUGAUGCCACGGAAUGGUUCCUCAAAUCAUACACCGACUCGUCAUUCGCAAACAUCGUCCACAACAACACAUCAUUGUUGGAGGAAGCCUUUACAAAAUGCAACGCCCGAGCCGUCGAUGUUCUGCUGGCCAAUCCCAACAUGACGCUGGAUGGACACUCAGCCUCACUCAGCUUCGUCUGGAAUGUGUCGGAAUGUACUCAUCCGGAUUGGGAGAGAUUGUUGGAUCAGUACCUCAAGAUCACUUGUCAAGCCGCUUGUCCCGAGCCUGACAAAGAUGUCCUUGCCAUCAUCCGACAUCCGUCCUUCCUUCGCAGGCUCAUCCAGUCUGGCGCCACACUCACGCAAAUCUACGAUCAGAACAACAGCGUCGAGCGCAUGUCCAAGGGAUGGCUCACCAAGCCGUGGGCUGUCGAGAUGCUCCAGGAGCUUCUCAAACAUGAUCUACUGCGCCCUGAUUGCCAGGCUGCCCUUCUUCUCAAGGCAAUCGAACUCAACCUAAUAUUGAUCGUCAAGCACUUUAUCGAUACAGGUCUUGUCACUGAGUUGCUGUCUUUGGAUGACAUUAACUCAAUUACUUUGGAAUCUCAAUCACUGAUCGAACAUUGUUGCCAGCAUGGACAAGUGGCGUGUAUGGACCUGAUGCUUCCCCUUGUCACAUUGCCUGGGGCAAUGGGACCGGCGAUUGACUUGGGUGAUUGCUUCAAAUGUGCAACCAAGUAUGGACAUUUGGAGAUUGUUAAGAAGAUUCACUCCAUGAUCAAGUCCAGUGGCGCAACACAUGCAUUGGACUCAAUCGGCUAUGCACUAUCAAGAGGUCACCUGGAUGUGGUCAACUUCAUUCUCAAUGUCAUCCCCAAGGACCAGAACAAACGAUGUUCAAUCAGCACCAUCCACCACAGCAUCCUUUCAGUUGACUUGCUCAAACGACUAAUGGCACACUCCAACCUUGAUUGUGGGUUUGAAAUGGUACUCAGCAGCGCGGUACAGGCUGGCGACAAGACUGUCAUAGACCUUUUGAAUUUCACCUUCAUAAACCAUGAGGAUGCUCUCAACAACGCAGUUGCUAUUUUUGACUUGGAUACCAUCAGAAGGAUCAUCAAAGGGCCCAAACAAAAAGCAAAUCUCUCAAGAAAUCAUAUGUGCACAUUGUUGGAACACAUGGCAGCUCCAGGCUGCAAGCUGAGCGAGAAAGAGUUUAUCGAGCUUGUUCGUCCGCACUUGACAAAGACGACCAUCACAAAAAUGCUAGAUGUGGCAUCAUCAAUAUCUUUAUCCCUGUUCAAGUUUGUUCAAAACAACUUCACCAAGGACAUUGUAUUGGGAAGCAACAACUUCAGAGAGUGGAUUGACAACAGCGUGGAACGAUGCGAUAUUGAAUCGAUUGGAUAUCUUCUCAAACUCGCUGAGAUUGCCUUCAAAGAGGAGGAAAAGAAGUUUAGUCUUGGCAACAUAAUCACUUUGGAGAAAUGCAAUACAACAAUCAUUGAAUAUCUUCUGGACAAUGGAUACAUUGAUGUCGGUGACGAUGACACUGGGCCUAACAAUGCACUUGUACAAUUGGUGGACAUGGCUUGCAUUGAUGGUAACUUGGACUUCAUCCGCCUGAUACAUCAGCGCUGUACAACCCCAACACAGCUUCGCAGGUAUAUCCCCUCAUUUGAUAAUCAGACUCGACUCUUGGAAUGGUUCAACUGCUCAACACUAUUAUUUAUCAUUCUUGCAAUGAAGGACACCUCAAGAUUAUAG